CACUUAAGAAGAUAAAUUUAAAGUUUUUAAAUUGGCGCGCCAAAGUAUGGCCUGGCAGUGUUGCCACAUGCUGAAAAGCCUGCCCAAAGUUAUCGAACUGAACAGCUGGUUUUUUGUUUUGUAAUAUUUGAGCUGUUGCAAAGACGUGCAGAGUGGUGUCUCCAGCUGAAAUCUAGUCGAAGCCCCAUUGACAGCGACGAGGAGAGUCGGAAAACCCAAGUGACCGGAAACCGGCUCGGCGAAACCAUCAAGAAAUCACUGCACCAGCACCAGGAACAUGAGUUUCCCCGACAAAGCGGAGCGCACCAAGUGCUGGAGCAACCGGGACGAGUACUGGAAGUGUCUGGACGAGCACGCCCCCAAGCACAGCUCCACCAGCGGCGAAAAGGUGCCCUCCGCCUGCCAGAGCCUGCGCAAGCUGUUCGAGCAAUCCUGCCCAGGCCAGUGGGUGAAGCACUUCGACCGCAAGCGCACCUACGAGCAGUUCAAGGAGAAGAUGGCCCAGGGCUACGACCCCCUGGAGGAGCGUGCGCGGGCCGAGCAGCAGGCCAAGUGAUGCUGAAGCCCGCCCCGGAGUCCAGGAGCAGCCGGUGGCCAGCAGUCAUGCGUGUUUUUGUACUGUUGUAGGGUAGUGUAAAUAAAUAACCCAUCUAGCUUUAUGACUACAA